AGGGGAGUGCAAAAAACGUAAACGAAGGUGCUAAGUGAUCUAAAAGUCUAUACGGGCAUAUCAUCAUCUUCAUCGACGUUUUUUCCAAUCAUUUUUUGACAACAAAAUCGGUUUUAUUCUUAUAAAUAUAUAGAUUCAAUUGGUGGAGGGUUUGGUUUCAAGUAUGAUGGUGCUGCCGGUCAUGUUGUGGAUGACUGUGUUCGUUCUAUUUGCGAACUAGAACUUCUCUCUGGCCGACUCGUUCCGAGCUGGUCCUCAGCCUCAUCCUGGAGGUGAAGGUUCAGCUGGAGGUUCCAACACGUUGCUCGCUGCGGAUACUGGCAAUGCGAACAAUGGUAUGAACGUGGAGCAAAGUCGUUGGAACAAUGCUGCUGAAGUGGCCAACAGUGAUUCUGAUGCUACAGCGAUGCCUACAGAUGCGACUGCAGAUCUCUCUCACGACGAUGUAAGCAGUCUGAGCGAAGAAGGUGAAGGCGGCGCUGAAUCCUCGCCGGAUGGAAGCAGGAGCCAUAUUUAGACAUCGCCGUGCGGCAAUUCCACUCAAGCACAAGAAGAUGAAGAUGACGACGGCGCGGUCGAGAACAAUAAAGAGAUCACGGAAUGUCAUCAUGAUGCCUAGGACCCAGGACGGAAACAAGGGCAACAUUGUUGGUGCUCGAUUUCUGCGCCCCCUGCCGGUAAUUACCUCAGCCGCAGGCUUAGCAGCAUCAUCCUCACAAAAAUCGGCUGCAUCGUCAUAUUCGUCGACUACGCCUUUUGUUGUGGAUGCCAUCACAAUCGCUGAACUUCAAAGCGACGCGGCGGCUUUUUUGUUCAACAACAACACGAAAGAAGCUGAAUUUGAAUUCGUUGGACAGGAGGACGCCGACUCUGCAGGCGGUGGCGCCAUAUUGGUGAUCCCACAGGAGAAACCAGCGUCAAGCGGAGGCAGCGUGGCUAGUUUCUGUGUUGCUGAUUCACAUAGGCAGCAAUCUGAAGGGAAUGCAUGGCGUUCGUCUGGUGGGUCCUCCGCGCUCAUUUCACCGCAGCGUGAGGUGAUUAGCAGCGAAAGUGCCACUGCUUCGCCGAGGCCUAGUUCUAGAAGGCGUUACCGGUCUUUAGAACCACGUUUUGAUGGCGACAAAGGACAUCGAUUUACUACUGGUGAACGUGAAGGGAAGAGAGGAGGCUCGUUGUCGUCAGCGAACCGUGCGGAAACGCACCAGCCCUUGCUGGCGUCGCACCAUGGCUUCAUCCCGGGUGCGGCCCCGCCAUGGUUGGACUUCGCACAAUUUAAGGGUAGUCAAUCAGGAUCCGGCGCGGACUUUCCUGGCUGAGUUCACAUUUGUUAAAAGAAGAAACAAUGAAGCGCAGUCAGGGGAUUAUUCAGCCACGGAUAAGGAAUGGCUGCCUUUAAGCAAGGCGAGAACACGAGCGAACCGACAUCGGGGAAGCGGGGACGUGAAUCGGGUGACAGCUGGGCCCAUAGUGGCUCACAACUGCAUGCACUGUCUCGGCGAGAACAAGCAGGGACUGUCAGCCGCUGGGCUGGUUUCCACAGAAAUCCUGGAUUAACGGCUGGCUCUGUAAUUGUGCCAACCAUCAGUUCUACGAGAAGUUAUACGAAUAAGCACAAUUCUUUUCCCGGGGGUGUUUUCUAAAGCCCAGAUCAGACUACGACCGCUUCACGCAAGGUCAGGAGAAUACGAGAACAAAAAAGUAUUAGUUAAGCGCGAGUCUUAAAGUUCUUUGUAGUAUUAGAAAUACUGAUCGUGCUACUCGGGGAGGAGGUUCCAGAGCACGGCCGUGUCGAUGAAGUAGUUAAAGAUAUAUCUGCCGGCCCUAGUUGAGUUAGGCACUAUACGCGCCCGUGGUUGAAAAGAUUGGCGUCUUAUAUUUUGGCUAUUGUUUUAUUAGACAACUCAGCGGAAAUACCGGCCGGGCCACCUGGGGCGCGCUCCGUGCCAGAGAACCCCGACCGAUGGCCCAGCCUUUGCACUGACUGCCCAAGCAAGGGGGGGCCCAGCGACGACGCCCCGCCCUGUAGGUUUUCCAGUUGGUCAAACUCUACGCAAAUGCCCCGCCUUUCUGGCAAAAGCCAGACUAUGCCCUUUAUGGGAUGGUCCUCCUUGGGGUUUACCCCUCGGGUAGAGUAUUCCCCCCAUCGGUGUCCAAGCUUGAAACGAUCGCCAUUGGUGAAAGCUCCAACCAACCAGCCAGACGACUGCGGACAGAGGUCCAAGGAAGACGCCACGGCGAUAGUUGGCCGAGGGCUUGGGUUCGGACGAGAGUGCUUGCCUGAACUGGUUCACCAAAGUAAUCCACACAACCAAACCGGCGGAGCUUGCCGGAGGGGUUCGGUCCUCGGCGAGUUUCUACCAGUCUUGUGGCCGAGAUUUCAAUAGACCUCUCCUCAUCGCGGUGAGGCAUUUCCUGCGUAAGUAUGCGGCAGACGGUCCCAACAGUCACCAGCGUAGGCAACGCAGUAACGCUAGAGACGUCUCCCGGCUUUCUUUGGGAUUGUUUGAACACGGCCAAACAAAGCCCGCAGAAAACGCCCGCGGGCCCCAUUCUGUUGCGGAUUGUAAGGAACGGCCGGACGCUCUGAGGCUCGCGGCGAUUGCAUAAGCUUGGCCAUGUCGCCACAGCCCGGGGCAGGCUCCGCAUUCCUCCGGAUGAGCCGCUCGACCUUAUCGCCAAGGGCUGGGGAGUAGUCCGGGCGAGUGUCUUUUUCGGUUCUUCUGUUUCUUCCACGCAGUCGCUUAUCAGCUUAAGCGGUUGGCAGCGCGCCUCUUUGAUUGUGUCACAGAUAACAAGCUGCACGCAUCUCACUGACCUGGCUCACUGGCGUCACAGGUAGCAACCUAUAGAAACCGCACCGACCUGACUGGUGUGGGUUGUAUUCCAGCAGCAAUGUCGGCAGCUAGUUGCGUGGGCGGCUCAGGUUUGUAGCUUGAACAACUCGAAGCACCUCGAGACUUUGCAUGGGGCGCGCGUUGGCCUUUAUGUAGAUCUCGCGCAGGACUAUUUGCCUGGAGGUCAUCCAUAUGAAAGGCCCGCGCCUUCUGCGGGGUUCGACGCUUGUGCGAUGGCAUCUAGUACUGAGAGCCCCCGUUACCGUUGACCGCUAUCAUUUUCCUCCUUGAAUAAGUUGCGCGCAAGUGUGGGGGCGGGAGGCUGCCGGCGUGGGUGGCUUCGCGUGGGUGCGUAUGGCUUGCCUGUUGUCCGUGUGCAUGAGACAACCGCCGGCGCCUUUAAAGUUGGGCCUUGUCCUAAUUCAUUGCGAGCAGCUCCCCUCACCUGGCCAAGGCCUUGCACGCUGUAGGCCUUUUGGCGGUGGAUCAUGUAAGUACGAUAGGCACCAUUUUACUAAGUAAAGGCUGAGGGUGUUCGUUUGUUUUCAAUUUUCCGCCUCUUCUAUCUUUGCCUCCAGCAACAGCAACCGCGCGCAUUCAUUCUUGUGGCUAUUUCAAUAAAGUCGCCGCCGUGUCUUGCAGAUAUCUGCCCGCAUAACUGUCAACCGGGCUCGCCUCGUCUUUUAUAGUCUAAUGGAACGAGUUGAAAGGCUACGCCUUGCCAGAUCUGCCUUCCCGCUGUUAUUUGCUUGACCUCCGCCCCCGUCGAUCAUCGUCGAAAUUCAGCGAGCAACGCCCGCCGCCUUCUGGCUCCGCGUCUCACUCCUACUCGCCGGCGUUGAAGGCUUGAGACAGCUCGGCAAUGAAUUUGAGACAUGUGCGCCAUGUCGUUAGCUUUUCUACUUUUACCCUUGACGCCACUACCUAGACUGGGCAUCCGUGUCCUUACAUGUACCAAACUACUAGGAAGAAAGCCUGAAAACCUAAGACCGGCCGGCGCUUGUUUCGUCAUUUCUUGGUAGGCGGGGUGCGCUGGCGGUUUCGUGGUGCUCUUGGUUUCGUUCUUUGGCCACUUGAUUGCGGGGGCCUGGUGUGUUGCGGGCUUUGCUACUUUGUUUGUUUUCUGAGUUUGGCCAUUUAGUUGCUCGACUAAAUGGACAAGCUCACUGCGCUGCUUUAUUUGGCUGAGCUUCCUUCGCGGUUUAGUCAAGCGAUGAAACCGCGAAGCCCGGCAGAUUAUUUGCCAUACAUUGAUCGCCAGGGAACUGCAAAGCCCGGCACACUAAACGCGGGGCCGCGCGUAGUUUGCUGAGUUAGUUUUGUAGUUUAGUGGCGUAAUUAUGGCGGGGGAUUAGUGAUGAAUAGCGGCGAUUACUUAGGGGGUCGCGCUUGGCCAUUUGGUCGCGGUGUCUGCCUCGACUAAAGUGACAAGCCCAGGAGACUAAGGCCCAAAACUUGGGCCACUAAGUUGGUGCGCGAGUUUUGCAAUUAAGUGGCAAAGAGACCCCGCGAAACUGCCAAAGACGCGAGAGCACUGUGGGGGCCUUCGGUUGUUUUUUCUUCGUGAUUUGGUGCAUGUAGGUGCCCCAGUUCCAUUUCUGUGGGCUCUUCCAGCAGGCCAGGUCGCGGGCUUGUGGCCUGGCUUGUUGCAGAUCCAACAGACUGGGCGGGUGUCUUGUUUGCCAGAACCCUUGCCGCCUUUUGUCUGCGGCUUCCCUUUGCCGUUCUUUCUGCCACCACUGCCAUGGCUUAGAGGCGUAGAGGUAGACCUCGGCGGCGAUCUUCUUCUUUGAGUAUGUUUGCCCUGAAGUGCUUGGGGGAACUUUUAGACAGAGGGCGAGGGGCCUUACUGCUUUCAUUGGCUUGGCCUUCUUCGUCCUCUUCUUCUUUCGUGAGGCCGUUUGUUCGAGGUUUGUCAUUGACCGGGGGUGGGCGCCUUCUUGGGGGAAUCGCUCGCAGCCUUGUAGGCUCCCGCCUCGAUCAACGCCGCACGCAGGGCGCCCCUCAAGGCGGUCACCGAUCUGGUCAUAGGUCUGGCUGUCUUCUUCUUGCGUGUGUUCGGCUGUUGUCUUAAUUUCUUGCAGAACAGCCCCCCGGGCAGCUUCUGCAGCAGUGUAUGACUUUGCUCUUGGCCACUUUCUGUCUCUGGCACUCUUGCCGCCGACGGGUGCGUGGUGGGUGGCUGGUUCAUGAUGUCGCGGACUUUCGACGGGAAUCCCCUGACGCCUGCAGGCUGGUUGGGGUUGUGGGACUUGGGUGAGCCUUCUGCGGGUGUGUGGCUUGGCCUUCGUGCGUUGUUCUUGGUGGUUGUUUUGGUCGCAUGCAUGACGCAGGAGCGCAACAACCUCGCCCCCGCCGUCUAUCGCACCCGCCGGCCUGGGCGCUAUCGAAUCGCUCUGGCUGUUAACGAAGGACGCAGGGGCACCUCUCAGACUCUGCGCGGCCGUGCCUUUCGGGUUGUGCUUGUGCUGCUUUCUUUUGACGGGUUCGCCGCGUCCUCUCGGGUGGUGACCUUGUUGGGAAUUUCAUGAGGAUCUGCUGGCGCGCCGACUGUAUUCGCGUCGUAGAUCUGAAGCAGACCAAGGGAGGGGGCUAGCCUCUUGACUUGCGGCGGGAGUUCUGUCUGAGUUUCUUCGGAAUUUCUUGCGCAGCGCGGGGCGUUUUGAAUGUCUCCAGAAAUUGGGCUGCUGUAGACUUGUGAAUCUUGUCAGGCUUCUCUUGGAGAAACGUCAGGCAAAGAUCUUGCUUGAUGCAAUUGGACUCACAGCCUGAGACAGGUGGCCUCGCUCUGGUUGGUUUGGUCUUUGUGGGUAGUCAUUGGGGCCGCGGGGGGGUCUCUGCUGCGUCUUCCAUUGAGUGCCGUCACCUUUUUGGGGGGCUUUUCGCGUGGCCUUAUGUGUAUCUUCAUGCCAUCGGCAUCGGGGUCGUGUGAUAAUCUACGCCGGUACCUGGCUGGAGCUCAAUGCACUUGGUGGGUGGAUACACGUCGGACCAUCUGGGGACCUGUUAUGUGGAUAGGGAUACGCUUCGACGGUCUUCAGCCUCGUGCGCUUUGAACUGGUCAGAACGGACAAGACGGAAUGGGCAUGGCGACAGCUAUGAGCGUGCGUGGCUUCUUCUAUCUGGGGCGAUUGGGUGCCUUUGCUUGUCUAUCGUUGACGGUGGAGCCGUAUGCAUCCAGUUUCAGGCCCAUAGGUUCCCCUGGGGUCUUUCUGUGGUGGUCGUGGUUACCAAGCUCGCUGAGAGAUGGAAACAACGAACGAGAGAGACGAGAAGAACCACGGACACCCGCGCCAACUAUGGGCGACGCGUUGGGAAGGGUGCUGAUGGGUUACCUUUUUCGCCUGGUGAUCUUGGUCAUUUUGGUGGCUCAAUGCUUUGGGCCUUUCUGGGUCUUCCUUAGUUGGGCAAGGUGCUACCUAUACCUACGCGCCCGCGGUUAAAGGGAUUGGCGUCCUAUAUUUUGGCCUUUUAGUUUCUCGGGGGCCGUUCUUGAGACAGAGGACUCCGCAAGCCUUUUUACUCAGGAACUAGGAGGCCGGGGGGCUCAGUGUGAAGGGCUUCCGGCUCAACUUAGCCGAGCUACCUAGUCGGUGCCCGCCUUUGUCUUGUCAGCCAGGCUGCGGCGCUGGUCCGUUGCUUUUGCGCUUUUGUUAGUGGCUAGACUGUCUCAGUUUCGGCUUGGUGUGUAGUCUGCGUGGGGUCGGGCCGUCAGGGAUUUGCGGUAAGUUGUGGCCUUUUUGCAAUAAAACAAGACGGCGCUGGCGCCGAUCUGGCUGAAGCUGCGCAGGCUUUUGCCAUGAAUACAGGAAAAGCGUUAGCCCUUUAGGUGGGCGCAUUGUUGACGCCAGUAGUUCCCUCCCAAGGGGCCCGCGAAGUACUUCUUUCACACUCGCCAGUGUGCGCGGCUUCCCAGAUCGGGGCACGCCGUCGCCAUCAGUGAGCGCCACGGCCUGGGCUGUAAGACGAGCGCGCGGCAUAGAAUUGGACGACGCGGAACGGGUUUCCAGGCUUUAUUGGUGGGCGUCUGCGUCAUGUGUUGCCCACAUGAUACGGCUAAAAGGGCACGCAAAGAGUGAGGCAGCGGCUCGGGACUUGGGUGGGGCCUUUUGAUUGUUGGCCGGUGUGAUCUUGGUGGGAAAGUUUGGAGGUCAGCCUUACGGCAAUGGCUGCCCGCCUUCUCUGCUGCGUAAUUGACCACGACGCUUGGGAGCUGCGUGCAAGCAUGUGGGGACAGGGUUGGGGCUUGCCAUCCACAAAAAGGACAGAAAAGGCAGAACUUGGGGGGGGGUCUAGGAAGGAGAGGGGCCCUAGGGGGAUCAGUAGUGCGAUGCAAAAGCUUGACGGCGGGCACACUAGGGCGCUCCAGCGGUUCCCUGCGUGCAGGCUGGCUCUUUUGUCUUUUCUUUGUUUGUCUUUGAAGUGCGACGCGCCUUCGGCCCAGCUUUCUUCUUUUUUUCUUUGAUCGCAAGCUGAGGGCUUUCGGCUCCAAUUCCAGUCUUUUCGCCGUUUUUCGGAUUGUUCUAGAGGACCUGAAGGGCCUGCUCAGUUGUUGGAAGCACGAAAUAAGUGCGGCGCGCGUGUGUGUUUAUAUUGGGGCGCCCCUCUGCUGUGUCUCCAAGGCUAGCGAAUAUGCCGGGGGUUUUGGUCUGUGAUGUUUGCCGGGGUGUCUGUUAGGUGGGGGGGGGUCUUCUGGUUUAUUGCAUUGAUUGACGCCGCAGCGCUGGGAAGGGUCUGAGGCUCCACCGCAUUGUUUGGGGUGCAAGAAGUCCAAAGACGUGCAAAAGACGGCGCCGCCCGAAUGUUGCCAAAAACAGCAAGGAGGCCGCAGCCGUGUCGGGGUGUCUCGGUUGGGUUUUUGUGGUGUUUUGUGUAUUCACCGCUUACGGACUUAGUUUGUGUGUGCUUGUCGUGUCUCUCUUCUCCGGCGGCACUCGGGUAGUUCGCUUGCGUGGCUUGUGCUUGUCUGCUUGCUCCUGGCGCCUGGGGGUUUGGCUGCUUGUUUUUUCUGUUUGUGUGUCUUCUCCUCAUGAAUCGCGACGGCAGGCAUGGCGCUGGCCAGGUCUGUGGGGGCGUCGCGGAGGCUCUGGCGUUGGCUGUCUGUUUUUUCUGUUUUGGUGUCUUCUUCUCGUGGGUCUAUCGUGACGGCAUGGCGCUGGCCAGGUCCGUGGAAGUGUCGCCGAGGGUUUGGCCUCGGUGCUUGGGGCUCUGGCUGCUUGUUUUUUCUGUUUGUGGGUCUUCUUCUCAUGAAUCGCGACGGCAUGGCGCUGGUCAGGUCUGUGGGAGUGUCGUCGGCGUUUUGGCUGCGGCGCCUGAGGGUCUGGCUGCUUGUUUUUUCUGUUUGUGUGUCUUCUUCUCAUGAAUCGCGACGGCAUGGCGCUUGCCAGGUCUGUGGAGGUGUCGUAGGAAAUGUGGCUCCUGCGCCUGAGGAUCUGGCGGAAGUUCUUCGGCUUUUCGCCUCUGGUGUUCGUUGGUUGGUUGUCGCUGGGUCUCUUUGGCCGUUUGCGUGUAGGCUGCAGAACGCGGCGCUCUUUUGUUUCUUGGUGGUUUGUGUGUAGCUGUAGGGGACAGGGCGAGGCGGCUUUUCAGACACUGGCCGGGGGCUCGGGACUCUCAGGCGCCUGGUCAGCCCAGUCGGGCGGGCGUGUCUGGUCUGAAGUGCGCGGGGCUGGGGGGGCGCUGCGUGUCGGCGUGGGCAGAGUGAGAGCGAGGGCGCCGCGUCGUUGGUAUGACAGUCAGACGGCAGGCGGCGCGCGUUUGGUGCUUCUGUGUGCUAUCUCUCUGGGCUUCAGCUUCUUUGUGUUGGUUCUUUGCUUUCAGUCGUUAGCAAGCGCGGGCGUGUCACGGCAGGAGUGCUAUCGGGGCUGUGAGUGGCUUUCCUUCUUCUCUUUGCUUGGCGGAUUUCUUUUUACUGGCCCCGCCCCAAGGCCAGGCGCGUACUACUAAAUAGUAAUACGUUCUGCCUCGUAAGUAGUAGAGGAGGCCCACAGGAGACGCAGCGGCGAGAGGUAAUAACGCUCGUGAGCAAUAAGCCGCAACCGGUGGGGUGAAGAUUUGCGUGCGGUGUUUAUUCUCUUGCUGCCACUGAGUGAACUGGGUUGCCCAUGGAAAUGGCCCUGGUCGUUUUGGUGUUUUCUUCGAGUGUCUAGAGAUUAUGGCGACCAUGCUGGUCACUGCUGUCGCAUUUUUGCGACAUACAUUGAGAAGAUAGGGGACAGGCGUGAAGGCUUGGCUUGGGGUGCGUAUUCUGUUUCGCCGUGUAGGCAGCGUAGGAGGAGCUGUAAGAGACGCAGCAAGAACGACGACACGGAUCGAGUUUCUUAGCAUCUCUCUCAUCGGCGUCGUCUGUCUUUCCAUUUUUCUGCUGAUCUCGGAACUUGGUCGCCCAGGUGUGGCGCCGUCAUGGUCAGCCUGUCUCAUCAUGGGUAGCGUAGUCGGCAGUGGUGCUGCGUUGCUGUCUAUAAUUCUAGCGACGUGCAGAAUUUUAGAGCGUAACGGCUUAGGAAUACACAUCUUGCGCCUUUUUUUUUUGGUCGUGUUUAUAUAUUCCUAAACCGGCACCGAGUGGCCCCGGCGAUGCCUUCACUCUUCAGAGGCCCGCCAGUCAAACAUAAACGCGAAUCCAUCGGCGUGCCGUGAACUGCAGAAGCCCCGGCGCCCUCGCGUUAUGUUUUUUGCAGGCUCCGCCCGGCUUCUCUCGGGUGUCUCUCUUGCUUGGUCCCCUUCUGUGAUUUCGCUGCCCGCUCUGUUUGUUUCUCGCGUGUCUCUCGGUGUUUCCACAUCCACUGAGGAGAAAGGCCACGUGGUCGGCGGCUCUGUCUCGUUUAUCGGUCGUCCUCCCUCGGUUUAGGUAUCAACACUCCGCGGGCGUGUGCUUUUCUUGUGCUCUUUAAUUAUAUUCGGACUACCUUCAGCUCCUCCUAUUGAACGACCUGGAGAGGGUUGGCUUCCUUCGCCGGUAUAUUCCUAUCGUAGCGUUCUCGCCUAUCGUUCUGCAUCUACUUCAUCAUCAUCUCGCCUAUCAUUCUGCAUCUACUUCAUCAUCAUCAUCAUCAUCAUCAUCAUCAUCGUCACCAUUAUCACUGGGGGUGGUGGCUCGGGUUAGAUUCAUUGUUUGUUUUAGAUUCUUUGGGGUUUGGGUGGCUUCUUUGCAGGUCUCUCACUUGCUUGGGCUAGCCUUCUUUUCUCUCCUUUUUCCUCCUCCUUUCUAGCAUAAUUCUGACGAGCCUCUUCGUAUACUUCUCUGCGCAUCUCUUUGCUCGUCCUUCAAUUUCUCGCACUUGCUGACUAAAUUGCACUUGACUCAUCAUGAACUCAAUAUCUUAUACUACACAUCCUAGUAAUCUCGUGCCUUUUGUUGAGGUAUUGAAUGAGAUCUCAGUUGACGAAGUGGAGGGUGGGUCGAAGAAAAUAGUGCCGAUUGUAAUCACUAAAAUUAUGGACCCAAUAAUCAUGAUUAUUAUCAACAAUCUGUCGGACUCGGAGGUGUACGUGGAAAACAAAUGAUUAUUGAUAUUAAUGGAUACACAUUUUUUUAUUUUUUUAUUUCAUCUAGUACUAGUACAAGAUAGAUAUUUUUUGGGACACAUUUUGCGAUUGUUGUAUUAAAUGCUAUUUGUUUUUUAGGGUGCAUCUUGCAUCUCGAGGGCACGGUGUCAGAAAUGGAUAGAGGUACGCAUGUUCCCGAUGGAGCGCUUUUUCCAUCUACCUAUUCUUUUGCGAGGAGACAUGAUACUGGUGAAGACUACGACAUAAAAGUAAGUAGUAAGUUGUGAUGUGACAUGUGUGAAGACACAACAGGAGCUUGUGGCAUAAUAGCUGUGACACAACGAUAGUGCUGACACGACAACCGGUGGUUUUCACAUGACAUGGCUAGGCCCAGUGGAUCGUAGAGUUUGAUAAUUCUUGAUUAUCGAAACUGAUAAUGAGCUAGCAUAGGUAGCAUAUGCCUUGAUGAGCUGCUGAGCAUAUCUUUUGCAUUCAGGGCAUUGCGGGGCGGACGUGUGGACGUGUCUGCCUCGAGGUUUGCUCUUGUUGCUCAUGGGCGGAUCGGAUGGUCGCUGGGUCUGGUAGCAGCACGUUUGCGUCCAUCGCCCGUUCGAAUCUUGCGCUCUGGCAGUCUGGCAGUACUUAAAUUGAAUUAUCUUCACGUCGCUUCGUGUGUAGAAG